CAACGCCAGAGAGAGAGAGCUCUCUCCAAUGGCUCGCGCCCUUCUCACUCUCUCCAGUGGCUCCUCUCGCCUCUUCACCCCGAUGAUCGGUCCAGGUUGGAAGCCAGGCGAUUGCAGAGUUUAGCUAACCCUAGAAACGGCCAAGGUCAGAAACAAGCUUGGAGAUUGCGGAGUAUCGGCGAGCGCGGUGGGUUCCAAUGUCUCUGUAGUGUUUCGGCACUGGCUAUGGAGGCAUCAGAGAGUGUAGCUAGCCAAAGAAAGAAAAGAGUUGUUUCUGGAGUACAACCUACUGGAUCCGUACACCUUGGAAACUAUCUUGGCGCCAUCAAGAAUUGGAUCUCACUUCAGGAUACUUAUGAAACACUCUUCUUCAUUGUAGAUUUACAUGCGAUUACUCUACAAUAUGAUGCUGUGGAACUGUCUAAAGCAACCAGGAGCACUGCAGCAAUUUAUAUGGCUUGUGGUGUCGACAUAGCCAAGGCUUCUGUGUUUGUGCAGUCUCAUGUUCGUGCCCAUGUAGAGUUGAUGUGGCUACUUAGUUCUGUCACACCACUUGGUUGGCUGAACAAAAUGAUCCAGUUUAAAGAAAAAUCACGCAAGACGGGUGACGAAAAUGUUGGAGUUGCACUUCUGACCUAUCCUGUUCUAAUGGCUUCUGAUAUUCUUUUAUAUCAGUCCGAUCUAGUGCCAGUGGGUGAGGAUCAGAGACAACAUCUGGAACUGACUCGUGAACUGGCUGAGCGAGUAAACUACUUGUUUGGGGGAAGGAAAUGGAAGAAAAUGGGCGGGAGAGGUGGUACACUUUUCAAGGUUCCUGAGGCUCUUGUUCCACCUGCAGGGGCUCGAGUGAUGUCUCUUACAGAUGGCCUUUCAAAGAUGUCAAAAUCUGCUCCUUCAGAUCAAUCCCGCAUCAAUCUCCUUGACCCAAAAGACGUGAUUGCAAACAAGAUUAAGCGCUGCAAGACCGAUUCCUUUCCUGGGUUGGAAUUUGACAAUCCAGAAAGGCCUGAAUGCAACAACCUUCUUGCUAUAUACCAACUUGUUACUGGAAAAACUAAAGAGGAAGUUUCACUAGAAUGCCAAGACAUGAACUGGGGAACAUUCAAACUAAACCUCACAGAUGCUGUAAUCGAUCAUCUGUACCCAAUACAGACUCGCUAUGGAGAGAUUACUUCCGAUCCAGCUUAUGUCGAUAAAAUUUUAUCGGAUGGAGCCGCCACAAAAGCUGCUGAGAUAGCAGAUGCUACUCUCGGUAAUGUCUACCAGGCCAUGGGCUUCUUGAGGAGAUAGCAUAAAGAGUGAUUAUCGCCCUUAUUUAUUAAAAUAUAUAGUUCAUUCGAGAACAAGGUUUUUAUGUAUUAUUCUAGAAGUAUAUGCAACUUAGUUGCACGUACGUUCAACUUUGUAUCAUUUAGACGUAAAUGAAAUUUUGAAUUGUUCAGGCAGCACCUGAAAGUACUUUUGACUAGUGUUAUUUGAUUUGAACAUGGAUUUGGUCCA